AUGAAGGUCUCCUCCUCCUGGCGAUAUACUUCGCCUCUCUGCCAGGUCAUCCUGGUCUCUUUCGUCUGCUUUGCGACGGUAGGCAUGUUCAGUGCCGUAUCAAAUUUGGGAGCCGGCGGUACUCAGUCCAUCACUCUCUCCAACAUCACCAACGCCGUUCUCUAUGCCCUCUUCGCCCUGACCGGUCUGGUAUCCGGUUCUUUCAACAAUGUCUUUGGUCCACGCAUCACCCUCUUCGUUGGCAGUCUUGGAUACGCCCUCUAUCUCGCCGCGCUCUGGGUCUACCAGGAGAAGGCUCAAGACUGGUUCCUGGUGCUCUCAGGUGCAGUGCUCGGAAUGUGUGCCGCACUGCUCUGGACCGCCCAGGGUUGCAUCAUGCUCUCCUACCCCCUUGAAGCCGAGAAGGGUCGCUCCUUCAGUAUCUUCUGGGCCAUCUUCAACAGCGGCUCCCUCAUGGGCGGCCUCAUCGCUCUCGGCAUCAACCUCAAGCAGGGCGGCCUCGACGCCGUCAAGACCACCACUUACAUCGCCUUCUUCGCCAUCAUCAUGGUCGGUGUCGCACUCACGUGGACUCUCCUCCCUCCCAACCGAGUCGUCCGCACUGACGGCACUCUUGUGAAGGUUGAAAAGUCCAACACUGCGCGCCAGGAAAUCCGCGCCCUCUUCAGCACUCUCAAGCGCCGCGAGAUUCUCCUCCUCAUCCCCAUGAUGUUUGCGAGCAACUUCUUCUACCCUUACCAGGGCUCGAUCGCCUUCAAGGUGUUCGACUCGUCUGCUCGUUCGGUCAAUGGUGUGGUCAAAUCGGCAGGACAGAUCAUCGGCGCGCUUCUUCUCGGCGUGCUGCUCGACAAGCUGCCCAUGUCGCGAAGGAACCGCGGCAUCUUUGGCCUGUCGCUCACCGCCAUCUUCACCAUCAUUGCCUACAGCUGGGGCAUCAAGUACCAGCUUCCCAUCACCCGAGCCACUCAAUGGCCCAAGAAGAUCAACCACCACGACUCGGACUUCUCGGAGCCCAUCUCGAUCUUUGUGCUCUACGACAUUGGCGAUGCCUUCUACCAGGGUCUCGCCUACUGGAUCAUGGGUGCCAUCACUAACGACCCCUUCGAGCUCGCACGAUACGCUGGCAUGUACAAGGCGGUCCAGUCCGCCGGAGCCGCCGUCGCUUUCGCCAUGGACGCUACUCUGGUGCCUUACAUCAACGAGAUCGGUGCCGUGUUCGGCCUCAUGCUCUUCUCAUUCCCCUUUGCCCUCAUCGUCAUCCUCGGCAUCCGCGAGUCCAACUACGAGGUCGAGAAGCAGGUUUACGUCGACGAGACUGCCGCGGAAAACACCAACGCGAUCCACGUCCUCGAGAACGGCGCUUCAGCUGCGCCCGCCUUCGACCGCCAGUCGUCCGGCAGCAGCGAGAAGAAGCGGCUAAUUUCGCAACUUCAAAGUGAUGGAGCUCGCUCUCGAGGUAGCGCACCGGGAUGGCUGCCUCGACUCUUGAACGACAUUCCUGGCCUACCUGCGGAAGCUGUUCCGCACAAACGACCCAAUCACGCAGACUUACAACCUCUGAUCGCGGACGCUGCCUUUCACCCUGCAAUCGAAGCGUGUCUGCAUCUGAUCAAUGGGGAUCUGUAUUCCGCUCACUUCCUGGUGCGCAAGGCGCAAGGAGGAAGUCGCUAUCUAGACUGGCUCCACGCCAUCCUGCACAAGCUCGAAGGCGACUUUCGCAACGCAAAGAUGUGGUACACUGACAUGGGCAACAACAAUCGCGGCGCUCUGGAACCGUUGUCGUCAGCGACUGACAAGGAAAGCGCGCCUCCAAAGUUUGUCCGGUUCCAUCAGUUCUGGUUCACUCCAUCUGCCAACGGAGGAGCUGGCGAGAGAGCAUCCGCACAGAGCGUGGCCCUGGACAGUCUAGUCGGUACACCUCGCGAGCUCAGUCUGACAGCACAUCAGCACACCGAUCUCGUCUUCCUUGCAUCGCUGAGCGCGUCGUCCGCGACCAAGGAUGAGUCUAUCCAGCGCGACAUCCGGAAGCACUUCAGAGCGACGACCGAGGCAGAAGACAAGAUUCGAGAGUCAUCCUCCGCGUUCAGCUCCGACGAGCUCGUGUACUUACGCGAUCGUGUGGAUGCAGAGGACCUCAAGCGGGACCUGGUCGGGUGCCUAACCAAGGUCGAGCUGGCCUGGUUGCUGACCCGCAUGGUGGAGGACUUUGGGUGGCGCAGUUACACCGCAGCCGAAGCAGUCGAGGCACUCCGGCUCGAAUCAACAUCGGCUCAGGCAGGCUCCGAUACCGAGCGCAAGGGCAAGGCGACAAACAUGGUGCUAGAUCCUGCCGCAGGCUCGAGACGCUUCUGA